UGGACAAGGCUGUAAAGCGUCUAGAUACACGGACUUAACUAGACGUUUUGGAGAAGUUGACGAACUAAACUUGCUCAAAAUAUUUAGAAUGCGCACAAACACGUGAACGGACACGUUUGAGUUGUUAUUAUACACGUGCAUUUCUUGAUGUGAUUUGUUAAAAUAAAUAAGAAGAAAAUCUCGGCGUAAAUCUCAGUGCGGCGAGGGGACAGUGGGAUCAUGUCAAAAUUCAACUUCUCCUUUAGAAGAAGCGAGAGAAAGGAAUUCAAGAACAUAGCUCAUGGCUUGAUCCCUGCUGCCACCAUUGCUCCCAAGCCUGCUGUUCCCCGCACUCCUCCCCCUCGUAGCCCCAAUUCCUCACCAGAGAGACCCAGGUCUGCUCUUGCGGCUGCCAUAUUGACGUCCUCUUUAACAGGACGCACGUUUGCCAUCCCUCCACCCCGCAGCAGGUCCUAUUCUGAAAGCGAGUGCUCACACACAGACAGCCACACUGGUUUUGAGCCGUACGCCAGCACAGCACUUUACACCAGGGAUCGAUGGCCAGAUUCGGUGGCAGGCCGACCUCGUCUGCCUUCUCCACGACCCGGUGAUGACUACGAUGAUAACGACGAAGAUGAGGAGGAAGAGAUAGAGGCAGACGUGCACAGAGAGGAAAGUCAUGUGUACCAGUCUGUAGAGAGACAGGACAGAGCUCCAGUGGUACUGAAGAAGGCCUCUGCGUUUCACUUAAAACUGGACGACGACACGGACAACUCUACCUUCGAAGUUGUCUCUCCUUUAAACACUGAAGAUGAAACCGAGGUGGACGAAAGGACGAGCGUAAAGAAGCCCCCGUUGGCACUACAGACAAAGUCUCCAUCUCCCAGAAGCAUGGCAUCUUCAGAUGCAAAAGAAGAUCUCCACACUCAGUCUCCAUCCCGCAGCACUCCGAAGAGAAAAACCUCAAUGAAGAAGAGUCCAGCAAGAGAGAGGGAGAGAGAAAAACUAGAGGUGAAUGAGGCAUAUCACCAUGCUGUGGAGUUUCAGCAGGAGCUGGUGAAUGAGUUGAGAGAGCUUAGGGAACAAAAUCACACUCUGACUGCACAGAAGGAGGUGCUGGAGAGGACGUGCUCAGAACAGAACCAGCAAAUCCAGCAGCUACACCAACAACGAUCACACUCGUCCCGGGAUAGAAGGCACUCCACAGGCGAGAGCUCUGAAUUGCUGAGUUUGAGGCAGCAGGCACAGGAGCUGGUGGAUGAGAAUGAUGGAUUGAAGAUGACAGUGCAUCGGCUAAACGUGGAGCUGAGCCGAUAUCAAGCACGCUUUAGACCACUCACCAGAGAUGAGUGUUCACGUAACAUUGGCCUGCCUGGGAAAGGACCUGCUCCUCCAUGGCUGCUGGAUAUGAAAUAUUUAUCCCCGCUCUUAUUGGCUUAUGAGGAUCAGCUGACCGAGAGAGACCAGCUCCUCAAAUCCUCUGAGGAGGAGAUAAAAAAGUUGAAAAUGCGCACAGCGGAAGUGAUUCAGGAGAACGAGAAACUUCACACAGAACUCAGCAAGAGGAGCAGUGUCAGUACUAAAGAGUGGAACCACUUGCAGGAUCAGGCAAGGCUGGUGUUGGAAGAGAAUCAGGUGCUCAUAGAACAGCUGGAGCUGCAGCAUGAUAAAGCCAAGGAGACACAAUCCAAACACACACAAGAAGUGUGUAGGUUGUCAAAGCAGGUCAUGUUGUUGGAGGCUGAGAAGCAGAACCUGGAGUCUGAGUUAGACACAGCACAUAAAGAGCUCUGCAUGCUGAAGAUGAAGCUUCAAAAAGCUAAUUCAGCCCUGGAGAACUCGGUCAGCCACGUUGAGCAUACAACCACUACAGACAAGCUCAGACGGAAGCUGGAGGAAGAGGAGACAUUGAAAUGUACCGAAGUGGAGGGGCUGCAGGAUCGUGUGGCGACUCUGCAGGCUGAGAAAAAGACUUUUCUCUUAGAGAAAAAUGACCUCAAUUCACACAUCAAACACCUGGAGAGCGAACUCCAGCUGGCACGCCAAGCGAACAGAAAGGCUCAGAGGCGUAUCGAUCUUCUGAAGCAGCAGAUUGAAGAUUCUUUAGAGAAGGAGCUCGUAGCCCACCAGUACCUCACCAGCAUUGUGAUACUUGCAGAGAAAACCACGUAUGAGAGAGACCAACUCAUACACAUGGCCUCAUGUCUGGAGAAAGACAAGCAGGGCAUCAUUACUCGCAUCCUGGAGGGCACUAUACGCCUCGGAAAACUUCAGGAAAAGGUCAAGGUGUUCAAGCAGCAGGCAUCAGCGAGUGUGUGUGCGCUGGGCCAACGUUUGCACGAACAGGAGCAGGACUUUGCAGGCAAAGCGGCAAGUUUCCAGCGGGAGAUCCAACACCUGCAGGCUCAGCUCCGCGACCGACAAGAACAACUCAACGGUGCUCUGCAGCAAAAGAGGGAGGUGGAGAAUGAACUGGAGGUCGUAUGGGAAACUGCUUCAAGAGAAAACCAGCAUUUGCAGGACAUUGUGAUGGGCAAGGUCAAUGUCUUGUUGAGCCCUCAUGACUCACGCUUGUCUGUGGACUGGAAGCCGCAGGAAAAUCUCAACCCAGCAUGUCAUCUGAGCAGCACAAUGUCUCCUACCUUGAUCAUGAUGCCAAAUCAGAGUAGUGCCAUGUUCAAACCUGACCAUCAGCACCACAAACUGUUGUUUGAUGAGAGCGAAGGGAAUGGGUUAGACUUCUAUUCCUGAUUUGACAUGUGAAAGUGACGUCCCUAAAGAUUGCCAUUAUUUAAUAAAUAAAUUGAGUAUGCACUAUAUAAGACCUAAACAUGUUUUAGAUAUGCUAUAUGUGCCUAAUAAAUGAUUCUC